GUGCCUGCCCGUUGACAAAUGACUGACAUAAGUCUCUCUGUCUGUCUGUCUGUCUGUCUGUCGGCAUCAUGUCCGUCACAUCACCACGCCCAUCAAGGCACCCAUGCCAUGCCUGUCCGUGUCUCUCUGUUCCCGUUUCUCUCGCGCCACUUCACCUUCUCACACGCCACGCACCUGUCAAGCUCAUCGAUCGAGCACCGGACAAGGCCAUGCCAUGCCGUACAUGUGUGGAGCGAAGGCACACGAGAGGAAGGGAAGCGCCGACACACAGGCACAAUGAAUGGCCUCUCUACUGUCUCCGUCUCGCCAUUUCCGCUGAGCGUCUCGCGGCCGACGGCAGCUUUGCACUCUUCUAGUUAGUGGGAGAGUCAAAAGCGCUGUCUGCAGCGAGAGAGACAGCAAAAACGGCAACGGACAGAGUCAAAGGGACGAACCGAACGUCAUGUCAGCACACAUUGCAUCGCGUCUCUCGCCAUAUUUCUGACGUACACACACGUAUGCACGCACACCCACGGACACGCACUCACACACACGCCGAUACAUAGACCCUCAUACAUAUUGAAUGGAACAAAAGUGACUCCAUACAUAUACAGCCCGCUGGCUGCCUGUACACGAGACAAAUCACGAACAUCACCUACCUAGCCAUCCUACCCACUAUUCAGCCCCCCCCCCCCUCCAUUUAGGCACUCCCAUGCAUCUCUGCUAUGCCAUGCAGCUAUAUACACGUGUGUGUAACAAAGGUACGGGUCCGUCUCUUGUUUAUUGUAUGACACAGCACUUGUUCUGCUUGUCGGGACCGGGGGCCUGUGCGGGGGGCGGUGGGGCGGUGGCUAGGCCGGCCUGCCCACCCGGCAUGUGAGUCACCAUCACCACAGAACCCGCACCACCUCCACCCAGCUGCACACACCACGUCGUCACGUCACUCAGUGCAUGAACAGGCCGACUGCUCUGCAUGGGCACGUGGCACGUACCUGUGUUGGCAUGGCGACGAUGCCUGGGUUCUGUUGGUGGAGUUCCAUGGUGUGGCCGCGCUGGUAGAGGUUGCGCGUCUCGACGCUCAGCAGCCGCUGCAUCUCGGGGAGACAGUCCUUGUACAAACGACCUGGCCGAUGGGAAAAUAAGAAGGGUCGAACUGCCGUGUCAUGACGAGUGGACUGGCGUACAUACCGUUAGCAGGCACGCCGAGGGCAUGAAAUCCCCAUCGAUUGGUCUUGUCGCGCUGCAGACGGGCGAUGAUCAGACCGCUCGACAUGCCCGCGUCACUCAGCUACAGACAGACACACACGCACAACCACACGCAUAGAUUGAUGUGCAGUGCAAGGACGUGUGUCUUGUCUAGGGGAAGGCAAAAUGUGUGUGUGCAUGUACCCACCUGGUAUCUGCAGUACUCGUCUCCCGUGUUGGGGUCGACAACACGCGCAUACGGGUUGGCCACUUGCUGCAUCGCAUCAACGCCCGCCGACAGACGUGCACAUACAAGAGGCGAUGGUAUAUAUGGCGUGGUGGUUGCUCGCUUCGCUACCCACCCUGAAUGUUCUGUUGGGCGAAUAUAUGUUGAUGCAGAAGUACAGGCAGGCCACCUCUGGCCCCACACGAUCCAGAUAACACGUUAUCUACACACACCACACGCCAUUGUGAGACCUUUCUGUCUGCGAGCCGAUGUAUGUUAUGUGUGCAUGGCAUCGAUACCUGCUCGUCGUCUCCCUCUCCCUCGCCCGUCAGGUUGUCGCCGCUAUGAAUGAUGCCGUGUCUCUUGGAUUCCAGGUUGCCGAAGAAGACGCUCUCGAUCAUCUGCCCAUUCUUGUCCAGGAGGACGCAUGACGCAUCCAGGUCGACCUCACCCAUCGUCGUGUCCCACCCCAGGGCACUGAGUGCACACGCCAGACAGACAGACAGACAGACACACGGGUGUAUAUGUUUCGAAGCGUCCAGGCAGUGUCUGUGUGUGAGUGGUGCUGCACCAGAUGACCGCAGACUGACUGGACGCGAAGUCAAAUACAUUGCCUGUUUGACACACGAGCACAAGAAGAAUCGAUCAGCUAGCUGAGGAAGGACACGACACAGUUCUUCCUUCCGUGCGGCUCGGCUGUGCUGCUGACUGCCUGACUGACCCUUUCUCAUGCUGAAGGCGAGUUUCUGUCGCUUGGGUGCUGUGGGGAUGAAGAUGCGGAUGGUUUCCUGGAUGGGGUUGAGUAUGUCCAUGAAGUGGGCGCCCUGCAAGACUUGGUCGAUGGUCCUGACCUUCCACUGCCCUGCCGCGUUGUGUCGGUGCAUCACGCACAGGAUGUCCGCCGUGUGGUUGCCCUUGUCGCUCAACUUGUACUGGACCAACCAAGAAAGGACGACGCGAUAUGAAUGCAUCGACCAUGCUCACCCUCCGGCGACCCUCCCUCACCUGUGCUAGUGUUGGCUUGGUCCCGGUGGCGGAAUACGUCGCCUCGUCAACGACGCGGAACAUGCCCUGCAGCACGUUCGCAAAGGUGCCUGCGACAACACACACACACACACACACACACACACCGAAAUAGAUGCACCCACACGGCCUGUGUGUUUGAUUGAUCUGACCGUCUGUCUGACCACUGACUGACCUCCGGAGAAGCAGCAUACGACGAAUACGAGCAGCGAGACGUCCUGCCCGAGUCUGUCGAGGUGAACGGUGAUCUUCUCGUCCACAUCGGGGUCCUUGCCGUCGAGCGAGUCACCGCUGUGCACACAGCGAUACGCAAUGGUUUCAGUUGGUUUUCAGGACAUCACCACGAAGGUUACCUGUGUGUGAUGGCGCGACCCAACGCCUUCAUGUUGUUGUAGUAGCACGCAUCACAUAUGUGACCGGCCGAGUUCACCACCUGCACACCCCCACACACACCCCGAUGCAUCCAUCCAUCCCCCCAUCCACCCUGCAGGCCAGGCAGAGAGACUCCUGUCCUGUCGGUGUCGUGUUGUGUUGUGCUCACCACGCACUGGAUGUCCAUGUCCACCUGCACGGCAUGGACACCAACAACAAACAGGAUUGGGAUGCCAACACGGGUGAGUGGGGGUGUCUAUGCCACACGACACGUACCUCCUUGACGCCAGCCAGGAACUCCCAUGAGAGACAGAAGGCGAGGCGCUUGACCUCCGUGGCGACGGGGAAGUCCUCACUGCGUGUGAGCCGUCUGCCAUGCAACGCCAUCUCAUCGCUGGAGUAUGCCGGAGGCGAUGCCAUCUGAUCUGGGGGAUGACCACUCGCAACACUCGCACCCGACGUUGCCGAGAAGAAGGACGUCAGUUUCUGUCCGCUCAGCGGGGUUGCUGGUGUUCUGUGUCCUUUGUUGGUAGCGUGUUGUUGUCUUUGCUGAUGCUGUUGUUGUACAUGUGCUGUUU